CUGAGUCCGUUUAGUCGCCUUACAAUCAUGAGUGAAGGAAACAAGCUGAAAGAAAUCCAAACUGUGCAGCAAGGAUGGAAAAAACAAGCCGAAAAACUGUGUAGAGAAUUCCAGUUGAUGGGUGGAGAAAUGAUCAUUGUAGCCAGACAACCAAACAAACAGCUGUUUGCUUGCUGUACCUCCAAUGCAGAAGAAGGCAUGGUGAAAAAUUUCAACACCUUCAAGGAAUGCUUGCCAGUUUCACAAAGAUCAGUGAAGAUACCUUCUGGGAUGAUUCAGAGUAAACCAAAUAAUGACAAAGCAAAAACAACAAAUGAAACUCAAAUUGAGAAAGGAAAGAAAUUCAUUGCUACAACAUCCAACAAACAGGAAAAUGUAAUCCAAGAAACUUCCAUAAGUAAGACAACUAAAGAAUCACUGAAAAGGAAAAUUCUAACAGGUGAAAAAAUUGGUGGGAAAAGUCAGCAAGAAAAUGAAAAAUACCAUGAUGUUGAUUUAGAAGACACGGAGGAGCCAGGACAAAAGAAAGUGUCAGAGAAACAGGACAAAACAAACACCAGUAAGAAAUCCAAGACUAAAACCUCAAAUACAGCAGAAAAAGAUAAGAAAUCUGAUGCUAAAAACAAGCCCGUUUUACAUGGAAUUCUAGCACAAUCUGCAUCUGAGAAAACUACUGAUGAGGGCAAUGAAAAAAAUUCUCAAAAUGGGACAGUCUUCAAAAGAAUUCAAACAAAAAAGCCCUCAAUUUUAUCAAGACAACCCAUAACCAAAACACCUAAAUCAGAGGCUGCUUCUGUGUGCAAAGCAUCUGAUAUUGUCAUUCAGAUUUCUGUAACGGCUUCAAAAAGUCCAUGCACCAAUACAGAUACAGUGUCUGUGAGCAGUAAACCUGUGUCCCAAACAAGCACAGUUACUUCUAAGAUUGUCUUGCCUAUCUUUCUGUCUAGCAAAGAGGCAAUAAUUACACCUCAAGUGGCUGGUAAAGACAGUGGUAACAGUACUGCCCACACACUGACAACAUCCAGUUUUGCGAGCCCAGUGGUAAGUACCCCUGCUUCUCAUGCUCAAAAGGAGAACUCUUCAGCAGUGGAGAGUAAAGAAGCCCAAGCCAAAGUAGUUUCUCAGAAAGGAACCUCUCCAAAUAUGAAUAUGGUUUUGCUUGGGACUUCGAAUCAAUUGUGUCUUGUCCAACAACCAUCUAAAGAAGGAACAGUUCAGCUAGCAGCAAAUCAGGUGCCCAUCCCACAGACGAAGUUGCUACUUCCAUCAAGUCAACCACAGUCAGCACAGACCACAAAUUCUGCUCCAUUACAGUCAGGAUUAAUUUUGGUACCAUCAAGUCAGACAAGCAUAGGUACCACUUAUGUGGCACCAAUGAAGGCUACCACAACAACACCACUAAAGAUUCUACCAAAGGGUGAUCAAUUUGCUGCACAGGUUAAGCAAACUCCCAAAGUGCUGAAUGAUACAACAACCCCUACGUCUUUGCCAAAGGUAUUUAUUUUAGCAGCACCCAACUCCAUGUCAUCUGCAUUAAAAAGUAACAGGACAGGCUAUAUUGUACCAAUGUCAGCCACACCAAACUCCAUGGUGUCCCAGGCAAGUGCUGCCUCAGCAUCCCUCUCUAACAGCACAGAGACCUCCACUGCCACUCCAAAAGACAAGACAAGUCCAGCAUCUCAAAUUUUGCUUUCAUUUAUCAAAAAAGAACUGAAAGAACCAGAGACAGGGGUUGAAAAGACUGUCAACAAGGAAGAAUCCUCAGCAAAGUCACAAAAAAAGGAAAAGGUUUCAGUUCCACCACUAAAAGAGAACAGAUUACCUGUUACAAUGGGUUCUUUUGUGAAGAUUGGCAAUGCUUUGUACCAACUGGUAGUAAAGGAUGGGCAGCAACUUCUUAUACCAACUCGACAACUCCUGCCGAAUGGACAGCCAGUGACGACGACCUCAACUGAUCCUAGGAGAACACUUACAUUACCUAGGCCUAAAAAAAGAAAAUUUGAAGAAGGAAAGGACUUGGACUCUGGAAAAAGGCAGAAAACAUCCAAUGCGCUAUCUUUGAAGACUCCAACCAAUGUUCAUGAAGAAAAAUAUGCAGAAUCAGAGAGUGACCCAGAAGAAGAAGAUCUGUCUGAGUUAAAUGAGAUGUUAGAAAGGAGAAAGAAAUCCAAUGAAUCUAGACAAGAAAGCGCCUCUCAAGCACCUUUAAAUCAGCCGAAAUCUUCUUCCAAAACCCAGGCACAUGAAAAUGAGCAAGGAAAUUCCACAAACUUAAAAUUUAAUUUGAAUUCCCUUGAGGCACAGGAUAGAGACCAUGGAUUUUCCCACCCACAACCUGAUCCAAGUAUUCUCCAGGAACAGGAGAAUGAGCAUGGACAUUCCCAAGAUGCACAACAGAAUGCAGGUACCACCCAGCAACAGGCCAAUGACCAUGGGUAUUCUGUUCAACAAGUAGAUAUCCCCCCAGUUUUAUGUAGCAUGUGUUCAUUCAAGGCUUCUUAUUGGAAAUCAAUGGCUGACCAUAUGAGACAUCAUGGGUCUAAGAGAUACUGCAUCAAGUGCAACAAUUUCAUGAACAGUUCCAAGUUUAAUGUCCAUAAUUGCACCAGACGAGGCACCAAUAAAAAUAGGAAGCAGAUUUGUCUGAUCUGUUCUCGAUUGGCUAGUAAUGCCUUUGAAUUGAUCAAACAUUACAGAGUCAGUCAUAGAACUGAUAUUGAGAAACGCUGUCACAGCAAUUCACUAUACAGAAGUGUGAGAUCUCAGAAAAUUUUUGUGUGUAAAGGUUGUGGGACAUUGGAAUACACAGAGCAAUACAUGUUGAGUCAUGUAAAGAAGUUUCAUGUCUGUGAACGUAAUGAGUACAAAGAACAACAGAGCCCCCAGUUUCAGAAAAGGGAACCAGUGUGUGUGUGUCCAGUGUGCUUUUUUCAUUUUCCAGAGAAGAAACAUUUGAAUUUCCACAUAAAUCUCUUUCACAGUGGCAAACGCGGUGAUACUAUCGAGUGCAGUUUGUGUGACAGCAACUUUUCUUGUAAUGAUGAGUUGUUUGAUCACUAUACAACUCAUAAACCAAAUAUCAAAUACAAAUGUGCAAUCUGUGCACAACACAAAGAACCUAUGAAUUCUUUGGAGGAGGUGCAACAUCACAGAGAUAUUAUCCAUCCCUCAAACAAACUGUGUGCCUUACUCUUGUGUCCAGAACCACAAUGUCAGGAGACCUUUCAAGAAGACAUAGACUUUGUGCUUCACAUUAUCCAACAUGAAAUAGGAACAAAAUACAGCCAUACAUGUGCCAAAUGUGAUUUUUCUACCUCCUCUGAGAGCAUGCUGUCGAAGCAUGAAUCAAAAUUUCACUAUGAAUCUGAAAAAAGGUGUCAUGUAUGCACAAAGCGCUUCAAACUGCCGGAAAACCUAACAAAACAUAUGGAAAUACAUAAGACAAUGUUAAAAAGUACCAAUGACACUUUUAUUUGUGAUCGCUGUGGGCAAAUACAUACUAACAUUUCAAAGCACAGACGACACAUGAGCAAACACAGGGAAAAGGACCGUAAGGAGGAACAACCAUGUAAAGUGUGCGGCGAAGUUUUUGUUUCAGCCCAGAAUGUAGCGAAACAUAUGUUCAAGUGUCAUCCAGAAGUGGAACAUGAUAUUCAGGCACCAAAAUACCCAUGUGCUUAUUGUGACUAUGUCAGUUUGAAUCGUGGCGAUUUUCGCCGUCACAUGUCAACUCACAAGAGAACCAAUCAUUUUGUUUGUAAAAUAUGCGAGAGGGGCUUCAAGGAUAAACCAGGUCUCAGGAUACACAUAAGACUUCACAAGCAAGGACGAAAUAACAAGAAAUUCAGGUGUUUUGCCUGCCAUAUUGACAGGGAUGGAAGUAGAAUGAAGGUUCACCUGCAAACUGAAAAUCACAAAAUGAAUUGUAAAUUGGCUGGCAUAAAUUUGGAUGAUUACAAUGAAGACCUGCUGAAUUUGUUUCCAUCAAAAGUAGAGGCUCUGAAACUCCCAAGGAAACAUGUAACCCCUAUAUCCUAUAUUGAUCAAUGCCAAAAGAUUCACAAAAAGCACUGUAAAAGAGCAUCUCUUCUAAUGGUUGAAGAAAAGUCCUACACAGUUUUAACUCCAGAUGGGGAUGAAAUUCAGCUGGAUAUGCCCUCCAGAAAUCCAAAAUGUGAGGAGUGUGGAUUGUUGUUCAAGUCAUUUGAAGAUUUAGAGGAACAUCGAGAACAUGUUAGAUUGUUAGAGCUUUCAUCCAAUAGAAACAACUUUGUCUGCGAGGUUUGUGACAUCCAUCUCUUUGAGAGGAUAGGUGUGGCCAAGCAUGCUACCUCAAAAGACCAUAUUGAAAAGUGUCGCAUUAAGGGGGUGGAUCCUGAAGAGAUUUUGAAAAAGAGUAACAUUUCUAAAGAUGUAUCCUCCAAAAAGAGAAAAGAAUUGCCAACACAUGGAUAUAGAUGUAAGGUCUGCGAUGCAUAUUUUGCUUCACGAACCAAGAAAGCUGUUCAUAUUGGCAAGGACAUUCAUGUCAAAAAGUGCCAAGAGUUAGGGUUGGAUCCCGCUGGUGAUCAUUUUGAAGAUUUAACAGACCAAAAUAGUGAAGAGAAAUUGCCAAGUAAAGAAAGAAAGAAAACAAGCAGAAUUGAAAAAGCAAUCAACAGGCGAAAAAUGAAACUGGACAGCAUAGAACUCAUGGGUGUAAAGGUACCAAGGCUGAUUUCAUUUGAAUGUUUAGUGUGCCAUGUAUUGUUGGCCAGCAGGAUCCAGGGCAUUGAUCAUUUGAACACAACAAUGCAUAGAGAAAAAUGUUCAGAUUUAGGCAUUCAGUCUACUCCUGGUAAUCUUACAGUAAAGGCAUCCGAUAUCCAGUCCGUGGUGGGGAAAUCUAUACCACAACUCCUAGGAGUAGCAACAGACACAGUUUUCCCCAUUUCUGAAAGAGAAAGAGAAGUUUAUGUGCGCCAGAUUGCUGAGGCAGAAAUGAUAUCAAAAAAAUUUUCAAACAUUAAAUACCGCAUUGUGAAAAUUCGACCCAAUUCGGAUGAUGCUCAAGUUGUAGUGGCAGAAUUGCAAGAUGAGGAUUUGGAAACAUCACAACAGUCCAUAGAAGUGCCACAAGAGACCACAACAGCUGUGGUUAACUGUGAUGCUCCACAAACAUUCAGAGCUGAAGAAGAGUCUUCUUUGGAUACAGCACAGGAAUUUUCUUUCAUCAGUGAAUCUAUGUGUAACUCUGUAAUGUCUGGUACCCAAGUAUCAGUGCACCAAGGUCAUGUAGUUCCAACAUCAGUUCUAUCACCUAAACAAAGCAUUCUUAAGACACCAAAGGCCACAGUAAAAAGCACUUCAAGUCGCAAAGCGAUUUCCCAGAAAGGUGAUGUUUUACAGCCUUCCAGCAAUCAACAAACAAAGUAUGAAUCUUUCCAAGAAGUGGAGGUGGAAUCAGCAAUGGUAGUGGACCAGAUUUUCUAUGAAGAUGUAAGUGAAAUUGAAAUAUCUGAGAACAUUGAUUUUGAGACUGUCAGUGCUAAUGAGCUGAAUCAUUAUGAUUCGUUUUAAGAAGAUUGAACAUUGAUUUUUUUUUUUUAACUGUUAGUGACGAGUUGAAUCUUUUAGAUUCAUUUUAAGUAGUUACUCCAUUAGUGUUACUGUUUUUGAGUGUGUGGUUUUGACACAUGAAAACUGCUUUUAGAAUAUGGAUUAUUAAAUUUAUUCAAAUUAA